GCAGGCAGGUGCGCCGGGAGAGUUCAGAUUAAACCUGGAUUUGGUAAAAAGAAAAAAAAAAAAAAAAGACAUGGUGUCUGCCGGCUAGCACUGUCCUCAAGACAAGACAACUUCACUUAUUUAAAAAUGGCUCCUAAUUAAACCGAGCAGAAACAGGCUUAACGAAGCACUGAACCAUUUCACGGAAACGCUGUAGGUUCCCAGUGGAUGAACAUGAAUCUUGCACAAAUAUCCAGCCUGUCACCACAACACUUGUUCCAGUUCAGUAACUUAAGACGUCAGACUGGAGAAUGUGUUCCACGUGUGUUAAAGUUUGGGUCCUCGCUACAAAAUGCUGUCUUGGCAAACUCAAAAACAAAAGCAGUACUGCCCCUCCAGCAACUAGCUUUGUUACAUGGUGCUGAAAAAAAGUCACCUGACAGUAUUCCACCAGAACAUUCUACAAAGUUGUUUUUGAAGCAGGAAUCAAAAGUGUGUAAGGUGGAAAAUGGCAAGUAUUUAAUUCCUCAGGACAUAAUUCCAACAGAAACUGAAAAGAAAGAAGCGGAAUUCCUGAGUAUUACCAACAGCAUAACUGAGCAGCAGUUUGGAAAUAACUUUAGAAUUCAACACCAGAAACAAACUUCUUCUCAGCUCAUACAUUUUCUAAGAACAAACAGAAAUAUGAAGUGUUUCAGUUUUGCAGGCUCUGAGAAGGGGGCUUUUGAGUUAAAGCAACAAUUAAAAGGCAAAACUGAAACAAAUAUGGAUCAGGAGUUCAUACAAUGGCAGAAAACACACAAUAAGCCGAGGAAUAAUUCUGCAUGCAUUUUCACUGUGAAAAACAGCUGUGCAGGGUCUGUCACCUACAGAUGUGUGAUUGCUACAAACUCUGAAUUGUGGGAUAUUGGGGAUAUUUCCACAGAAGUGAAAAACCCACUUGCUUCCAUAAUUGAAAGUUUGACUUUUGCUGACUGCAAUUACUCCUGUAUCAUGGAUCCAUUUACACAGAGCUUCUGUAUUUCAAGCAAUGAAUCGAUGGCACACCAAUGUGGCAUUAAAGGAGUGAGCAGUAAAUCAGUGGAUCGCAGCAGUAAAAUAGAGGCAACAGGAAAAAUACCUGAAUUUCAGAUUAAGAAAUUUGAAGAGAUUCCUAUUGUUGUCACUCAUGUGGUCAGCCCAAACAACUUCUACAUACAGCUUAAGGAUAACAGCCUACAGGAACUGUCUGAAAUUAUUGUAAAGAAAAACAGUAAGUCCUAUGGUGAAUUAAACUGCAUCCCAGAUAUUGGUGCUUAUGUAAUGGGCUGGUACGCAGAGCAAAAGUUGUGGUGUCGUGCCCAGGUGACAAAGAUAUGUGGAAUGAACCAUGGAAGUGGUCACUUGUGCAUCAACAUUGAAGUGGAGAUCAGAAGGAUUGAUUAUGGAGAUUUGACUUGCCUUUCACUUUGGAAAAUUAAGCAGCUUUGUGGUGAAGUUGCUAAAAUACCAGCUCAAGCUUUACAAGUCUCUCUGGCAGAUGUAAAACCAGUGAAUGGAAAGAGCUGGUCCACUGAAGCUGUCAGUUGGUUUAAAGACAAAGUAAACAAGAGGACACUGUAUGCUAGGCUCUAUCCAGCAGAAAGCAGAGUUAUUGUGGAACUCUUUUUGGAGAAAGGGAAAAUUGGGGCUAUGAGAAGAAGUUCUUGCUUGUCUUUGAGACUGACCCACAAUGGUCAUGCUAGGCAUGAACGAAUGAACAGCAUGCAUCUGAAAAAAAGUUAUGCCCACAAGCAAUCAAGAAAACACUCUGCAGUUUGGGAGAAGUAUAUGAGAUCCUGUAUCAGAAUGGACAUUCACACAUCUUAGCAAUAUAAGAAUGACAGUGAUUCCUGCUUUAUGUUACUGAUGAGCUUGAUCUUUUUGUAAGACAGGUUGACAUUUUUUAAUAAGAUUGUUCCUUGUCUUUUAUUUAAAAUUAUUAUAUUUUACAUUUUUGUCAAUGACUUAAUCAGUCAAGAUUGUUAAACUAUAAUACUUUUGUGUUGGGCCCAUGGUAAUGCCAGGGUUAGAUGACUUCCUGAAGUUGGACACUGCAAACUUACAAAUUAUUAAUUAAGCAAAAUAGACGUUUGAGGCAAAUUUGCUGUAUUGCUGUGUAUUUGUGUUGUAGCGAUUUGCAAUGUUCAUAUGUGUUCAUAAUUUUCUGCAAAUUGAAAAAAAAAAUGCCCUUAUAUACAAAUAAAAAUGACUUUUUUCCCAUGCAAA